GUCCCAGGCCACCCCGCUUGUUUGCUAUCCCUCGUCCGCUCUUUGAGGAACUGGACCUGGAACUCGAAGGAGACAGUAUGAAGUACUCUCACAUCCUCUUUGCGGGGUUGGCGUCGGCGGCCGCCGUUAAGAAACCAGUUCCUAAGCCGGAUGCGGAUGGGAAGUACACAUUGGAAGCUGAAGGCAUCAAGGCACAGUUCAUUCCCUAUGCUGCCACCCUGACCAACCUUUUCGUUCAGGAUAAGAAUGGCAUUGAGCGAGAUAUAGUUCUGGGUUAUGACAACACUUCAUUCUACCCCGUGGAUCCUGGACACCCUGUGUACAAUGCCAUCCCCGGACGAUAUGCCAAUCGCAUUGGAAACGGUCAAUUCACAAUCGACAAUGUCACGUACCACCUUGUGAAGAACGACGGGCCCAACACGCUGCACAGUGGACCCAACAACUGGUCCUACCGCUUCUGGAGCGUGCAGGAUGUGACCAAGACUUCCAUUACUUUCGGUCUACACGAUCCUGCCAACUCGACCGGAAUGCCCGGCCGUGUGGAAGCGAAGGUCAAGUACUCGGUGGCGCCGUACAGAUGGAACAUUGAGAUUGAUGCGACCUCGCCUGAGGCGAAGACUCCUAUCCAGGUCACCCAGCACACGUACUUCCAGCUAGACGCGUUCGCCAACCCGAACAAUAAUCGGACCAUCUGGAAUCACACCUUCCACAUGCCGUAUGCGAAACGCGUCAUGGAGGCUGACAAGAACGCGCUGCCAACGGGUGUGAUUGCGAAGAUCCCCAAGGGUGCCAUUGAUGACUUCUGGUCUUCGCCCAAGAAGCUCGGAUUUGCUUCUGAUCGACCGGAAUUUGAGGACCACUGCGGCGGAGGAUGCCAUGGCUACAACGGGAACUGGGCAUUUGACGCUGACCGCCCUAAGAAUGCCGUUGUUGCCACUUUGUCGAGCGAGUGGAGUGGCAUCAAGGCCGACCUCCGCACCAACCAGGAUGCCAUUGUCAUUUAUACGUGCAACUGGAAUGAUGGAAAGACGGAGUUCAAGAGCACACAGGGUAUGAAGGGCCAGGAUAAGUUCAUUCCCAGGGACGGAUGCAUCGCCAUUGAGGCUCAGGACUAUGUUGACGGCAUCAACCACCCUGAAUGGGGUCGUCUGGACAAGCAGAUCUUCGGUCCUGGUGACAAGUACCACUGGGAGUCUUCGUGGACCUUUGGGACCAUUUGAGUUUCUGAAGGGGGACGACGCAUUGAUGCACCUUGUAAAUAGCGUUCAUCUCCGCUGCAGUCGGAGGGCGAUACUUUUGUAGUAGAAACGAAUGCAAGCGGGUUGGGUACGACAACACGCGAGU